UAGAUUCCAGUUAUACUGGCAGCUCCCUCAGGAACUUAUCUUGAUUGGUUAGGGGAUGACGGGGUGGGAGAGGCGAUCUGUCUGUUAGGAUCUCAGGCGCUCUCAGCUGAGCUGAGUCUAUAGGGAGUACAGCCGACACAGCCUCUUCCUCAUAGAAAGAUGAGGUCUUCAUCACUGGUAACCCUGCUGCUCUGCUACCAAGAAGUUUCACAUUUCUUUCAAAGAUUUGCUAAAUGGAUCUUAGGGAAAUUUCUUGAAUCAAACCAUUUUUUUUAAAGAUUUCUAAAACAAAUUGGAAGCCAGCUUCAGUGAGCCCCAUAGCUACCAUGGUAUUUGAAGAUCAUUCUCUUAUCAGUAACCCAACAAAUUCUUAAAGGAUUUAUGCGAAAGAACGUCCAAGUUCAGCCAUACCUGACCUUCCGCUGGGGUGAGAGGAAGUGGCGAGCUGAAGCUAGAAUGAGCGAGGGGCCUGAGGAGUCGGCGGAGGAGGUAUGAAGUGUGGGAUCUGUGAAGAGAUCAAGAAUCAGCUGUUUUCGAUGUGAACUUCCAGCAUCAUGCCAAACCUGCUGGCAACCCAGCACAAGAGGAUCACAUUCCUGCUUCCUCUACUUUUUAUGGUCUUCACUGAGCAGAAGGCGACAGGCUCCUUGCUCGAAAGUCUAAUUUCUAAACGCACAGAGUACUGGGAGAUUUGCAAUAGGACCCUGACUUCUGCGCCGUUUCCAGCAAAUGGAAACUACUGUAAAGGCACUUUCGACAUGUUUGUGUGCUGGCCGCAUUCAUCUCCAGGGAAUGUGUCCGUCCCGUGUCCUCCCUUUUUACCGUGGAUCACAGAGGAUAGCAAUAGGAGGGCACAUCGGGAAUGCUUCGAGAAUGGGACCUGGAGAAAGAUGGAGAACUCCUCAGACCCCUGGCGAGAUCAUUCUGAAUGUGUGGAGGACCAAUACUUUAAAGACAAGGAGGACGAAAUGCUCCGCCAUUCCGCCCUGAGGCUCGUCUCUGUCAUUGGCUAUUCCCUGUCGCUGUUCUCCCUCACUCUGGCCACUCUCCUCAUGGGCAUACUGAGGAAGCUCCACUGCACCAGAAACUACAUCCACAUGAACCUGUUUGUGUCAUUCAUCCUGAGAGCUGGGGCCGUCAUUUUAAAGGAAAUAAUCCUCCAUCUCAAGUAUUCCAACCUACCCAAGGACAACCAUGGAUGGAACUCCUACUCGAGCUCUGCGUUAGCACUACUGUGCAAAAUCUCCAAAGUGUGCAUGGAGUACUUUGUGGCAUGCAAUUACUUCUGGCUCUUGGUGGAGGCUAUUUUCCUACACACGCUGCUCUUCACCGCUGUGCUGACCAAGAGGUGCCUGCUGAAGAAAUACAUGCUGCUAGGAUGGGGAACCCCUGUUCUGUUCGUGACUCCGUGGACAGUGGUUAAGAUUCUAUAUGAAAACAUAGGAUGCUGGUCAAUCAUGAACAGAUGGUUCUGGUGGAUUAUAAGAGGCCCGAUUACUUUAUCAGUGCUGGUCAUUUUUUUCAUAUUCAUCAAAAUUCUGAUGCUGUUGUUGUCCAAGCUGAAAGCCGAUCAGGUGAAAUUUACUGACUACAGAUACAGUUUGGCCAGGGCAACGCUGGUGCUGAUUCCCCUGAUGGGAAUCCAUGAAGUUGUCUUCACAGUGCUAAUAGAUGAAUGCGUGGAGGGUACUAGUCGUUAUGCGCGGAACUUCAUCCACCUCACCCUCAGUUCCUUCCAGGGAUUCUUGGUUGCUGUGCUGUACUGUUUUGCUAAUGGAGAGGUCCAAACUGAGUUGAAAAAGCGCUGGCAACUGUUCUUGUUCACGAACCACUUCAAGGUCCGGACAUGUUUUCGUGGAGCAAACCUCAAGCACCUUUGGAAGUGUACCCGGCGGCAGCACAGAAAGCGUUCCCGGCAGUUUGGUUCCUACGGCGAAGGUGCCACUUCGAUGGCUCGCCCACACCUCCUUCAGGUAGCUGUGCAAGGAGGUGCUGGGUCCCUCGGACUCGGGCAACUUAAAGGCCAGGGACUCGAGGGAUACAACGCACCAGGUCUCGACUUUCUUACCAGGAAGAGUCUGUCCAGCAGCGAUGGUGAGAUGACGCUUGGGGAGACCAUGGAGGAGGUCCUGGAAGAGAGUCAGUUCUGAACCCAGCUGGCUUCUUGGUAAAGUCAAACAAACGGGUGCCGGACGAUGAAUGUAUUCUUCUUCAGUAGAAUGAGCCAAGUUCAUGGGGUUGGGAAAAGGAUUUUGAGAAAUGCUGUGUGCUCUACCGAGACAUGGUUUCCCAUUAGGAAAAACGUAAAAUUCUGAUCUAUGUAGCAAGGAUUUAGUUGGCCAGAUCUCUCUAGGGGUUUGGUAUGGUAAAAACUGAAACCCUAACCCUCACUUUAAUCCUUUGCACAGGAUGGUUAUGUAAUAUAGCCAUGAAGAUAUGCUUCUCUUCACACAGCCUGAGACCUUUAUUCAUUAACCACUCGAGCUAACCAUGUCCUGUGACACUUACCAGAGAGAGACAGCGUUAUUACUGGUUGUGAUGGAACGCUGCCCCAACUCCCACCUCUACCGCAUUUUCUUUCCAACUCGACUCUCUUGACUACCUCCCUUAUCAGCUUCGAGGAGUAACUACGGCAGGUUUUCUUCAGCCUCCCAUGUCACAUUGGUUUUUUUUCUAAGGUCACACAGAGACCACAUAAAAAGCAUCUCAGCUUUGGUUCGCUAGCGUUUUGUGGCUUUUGUGUCCAUAUCAUGUUCUGCAAAAACAAAAUUCUGAUCUCUACACCAGGAAUGAAUGAAAGCAGAACGGGGAACUUUUCAGUAUAACCGUAUGCCGCUAUUGGAGGCAGCUUCUCUGUGAAAAGAAAUGUAGUCUUCAUUGGCUCCUUCUAGUGAUUCUGAGGAGAUUUUAAAGUGAAAGCCAACACUCAGAGCCAGAAGAGGAGUCCACCCAGAAGUAAUCACUGCAACUUCCACAACUACCAUGGUCACUAUUUUCUGUGAAUAGAAGGACUUGUACUUUAAAUUUUCUCUUGAUUUCUGAGUCUUCCUUCUUUUCAUGAUUUCACAGCAGCCUGUACUUUGUAACAUUGUAGCCUUCCCUUGUACUGUUAUGCCUCAAUGUGAAAACGUAGACAUCCUUGUAUGACCUGUACAACCAGAAGCAAAACUAACUCUCUUGAACUUAAUUUUAAUGCAGACGUUCCUACAAAUGUCUUGAGUUCCUUUUGCUUUGGAACUCUAUACUAACAGGUUGGAGAUUAUGUAAUCUCUUGAUCAGUAAGAAAAAACAUGGACGCUCGCACAAAGUCAUUGUUACAUGCAAAUACAGUCCACCUGAGCCUCAGAAUGCGUUUUAAAAAGCAUUUUAUUACAAAAUUGUUUUCUUUUCUUAAGACGUGCUGAACUGU